GCAGGCAGUUGCCGUGGAAACCGCAGCCAUGGCGGCGCCGCAGGGGCUAUCUAGCCGUGGCGCUCCGCGAGAGGAGCCAAGCGGCUCCGCGAACUCGUCGUUCACCCGGACGCCAGUACUCACUGCGUCCCCUGAGUCCCUGAUUGUCUCGCUGGGGCAAGUCGCCGAGCCGCCGGGCAAGAGCCUGUGGGAGCAGAUCUGCGAGGAAUAUGACGCUGAGCAGCCUCCCUUUCCAGAAGGAUGUAAAGUCAAAGAAGAAGCUGUGAUUUCUGUUUCACCAUUGGAGGAAAUGCUUUCCCAUGGCCUCAAUAUAGAGCAAUAUUUUCCAGUUCCCCAAUUCCCUAUGGUCCCACAGAAACCCUGUCCUGAAGAUAAACCAGAAACAACUGAUCCAAAAACAUGUCCCCCCAAAGAAUAUUUGGAAACUUUCAUCUUUCCAGUUCUGCUUCCUGGAAUGGCCAGCCUGCUUCACCAGGCAAAGAAAGAAAAAUGUUUUGAGAGGAAAAGAACCAAAUUCAUUGCCUGUGAUUUUCUGACCGAGUGGUUAUACAAUUCAACAUAUGGCAUCAUGACCAGCCAAAAUCCAAAGAGGAUAGGGGAGCAGUUCACAGAAUUCUUCUCCAUUCCGUUUGUGAAGGAGUACCUGGAGAAACACCCGAGGCCACCAAUCCCACUGUCUCUCCUGCUGACAGAAGUAGAAGCUGCUCUCCUCGUUCAAUCCUUCUGGAGAGCCUAUCUGGUUCGCUGUAAUCCUGAGAUUCAAGAAUUGCGUCAGUGGCAGAAGAAACUGCGUGAGGACAAGCACAUUCGCCAGCGAGUCAGAAUGUUCUGGAUCAACCAAGAACACAAAGUGAAAUGCAAAAUGGAGGAUGAUGAGGUGCCUGCAUUAUGUUAACCACAGUUGGUAUCUUUUCCUGUCGGAGCACAGCUUACCCUGGGCAAGGAAAAUGUCUAAAUUUCGUUAACGACAAGACUUGGUACAGGUGAAAAUAGAAUCUUUUCCACACAAGAUAGCAUGUGUUGCAAACAUGGUUUAGUGCAAAUAGUUUAUAAAAGAAAAAUACCAGUCUUAACUUUCUGCAUUAUCCCCAAACUUUAUUCUUUUAUCUAGAUAUUUUUUCAGGGCUUCAGGAGUCUACAUCACCUGCUGUUAAAAUGUACAGUGAUGAACUCCAGUCCCAGGAGAUGUUGAAGUGCUCUUCUUACCAGUGUUCCCACUUCAGGCUACUUUUGCGAAGAUCCAUAAUCUCAUUUAAGUCCCAAACCUCUGAAUUGUGUUUUACGUUUAUCUGGUGACUACUCUUUUUAUAAAAAAGACAUUAUUGCUUAUGAUCAUUUCCAAAGGAGACCAGACCUUGACUUUUAUGGCAAGCCCAACAAGAUGACAUUUAACCCAGAUGACAGUAACAAAGGAGUUUUGUUGUCUAGGCCCAAAGUAUAAAAAAUUCCCACUUUGAAGGGUACAUUAAUUUAUGACCCUCAUUUGUUCUGUGGUUUGCCCAUUAACUAAGAUUCUUCCAUUCAAAAUGCCACAGAUUCAGCCUCGGGGCAAAUAAGCCUAAUAGUUGUAUUGAGUUGUUUGACAAGCUACCACGCACCUUAAGUAAAUAGUAAAGCUUUUAUUUUUGUGUUAAGAACAGCAUUUUGAAAAUAAAACCUAUCUGCCCAUGCUUUACAACCUUUUAAAUUUGUAAUAUUUAUAUAGUCAUUUAUGGUAUACAUUGAUUGUCUUGAAAUGUCUUUUAUGAUUUUUUUUAUAAGUAUGCGACAGUCAGCCAGGGGAAGAUAAAGGUACAUUAUAAAACAUACAUUAAUGCAUUUAAUAAAUAUAUAUUAUCUAUCAAAAAUGAGCCAUAGCUCUUCAUUAAUUAAUAAAAAGCACCUGCUGAGAACUCCUGUAAGCUGGUAGAAUCAUUGCAUCAUUGGAUUAUAAAAGCCACAAUGCUCCCUUUCAGUUUGGGGUUCAGCCUGAGGUGGUCAACUCAGCCUUGGCCAUCCAAGAAUACCACUCCCAGGGUUCAGCCUCAGGCAGUCAACUCAGCCUUGGUCACCCAAAAACACUACCCCCACUUCACGCCUGUUGAUGGGCCCUGAUGGCAUCUGUGCUAAAAAAAAAAAAAUCUCUGGGCACCCAGCUUCCAACAACUGGAUCUUCAACCCUAGAAACCCUUGAGACACACAUAAAUUCCCAGUUUGUAAACUGUCAGAUCCGAUUCCCUUUUCCCCUACCCUCCAUCUCCAGUGGAGAAACCCAGGAUGGAACGACAACUUUCUAUUAAAAAGGGGGACAAGAGUGGCUGUUAUAGUCCCAAAGCGAUUUUAAUAACCAGACAUGGAACGAUUUGUGCUUACAAUGAGGGAUUUUGAUCAGAGAUGCUCUCCUUCCAGGUCGUUUUCCCUAAACAAGUCUUAUUUACACAAACAGAUCUUUAACAGAGGUGCCAUUUAAUUUUGACUUUACACUUCACUCCAUGCAGGCAGCCGGCUGCCACCUGCCACAGUCUCUUGGCAAAGAUGCUUCCUGGUACUUUUCAGGUGAAGUCAAAGAGCUGCCCUCUCCCUUCUUCCCCCACUCUCGCCUCCUUCCCCCUUGUGAAGGCAUUCAGCCCACUCUCAACCUUAAAGUCACAAUAAAACAAAACCCAGAAGCAGCAAAAAUGUAUUAGAUUUAAAAGGGGGGAAAAUGAUCUCAUUAAGUGAAGUUUACAGUGGUUCAUAGAUGGUUCUGUUUUUAUGGUGGGGAGACACUGCCUCUGGCAGCCAGUUGCUGUGCUCACCUUACUUGGUUGGACAACAAAGAACUUAGAAAAACGAUCAUGUGAAUCACUCCAUCCCUCGAAUGGUAUCAGAAAGCUCCAAAGGACUCCAGGGAGCGGGGGUGAGCAACCAUCUCCUGGCACAAGAAUGUGUAACACUGUCGUUUUUUGACUGCACUGGAUCAAGGUGUAUGGAGAUUAUUUUUCUUUUCAUAAUACUGGGUCUGCAUGCAGCUUCCCUAUUCCAACCCCCAGUCCUAGGAUCUUUCCCUCCCCCCCCCCGCCCACCUCAGUCCACCCAAUGAUGGUCCUUGAGCAGAGGAUUGGAAUUGGAUUCUCUAGAAGCAAGCACAUGCUCUGGGCAGAGGCAGGGUGCUUCCUGGAAGGUCAAGUAGGAGUGACAUUCUGGGGCCAUGCUUUUUCUUCCCCAUGCAGGGUAACACAAGGAAAUAAACUAGCUGUUAAGGAAACCUGCAGGAGAGCCAUACAGGGAUGGCUGGAUUGACCUCAGUUUCCCCAGGGCUUUGCAAGGAUGGGGGAGGGGGCACAGCAGAGACCAGGGCCUUGAGAAAUAUCAAAAGGUUUAUUAAAACAUACUCAGCUCAAAUGUGCUGGCUUAUGAAGAAGUCAAUUCCCCCCACCCCCAAACACUAACCUUUUUCGUUUUCUUUAAAGGUUAAAGGCUUACGGGUAGUUUUAUAGAAAAAGCAAUGUAGUGAUUAGAGUAUAUGCAAAAGGACCCACCCUUAUUUAUA